AUGUCAAACUUAGUCAAACCCGCUGAUCGUUACGCUGGACUCGACACAAGAUUUUGGGCCGACAUCGUGCACAUGGCCGAAGUGAAUAAAGCAAUUAAUCUAGGUAUGGGAAUGCCGGACUUUAACGCACAGCCACAGUCUAUUAUGGACGCCAUGUGCGAUGUGUUAGUCGAUGGCCACUAUUCGCUACAUCAAUACACAAAGAGUCCGGGUCAUCCGAGAUUAGUGAAAGUGUUGGCCAAACUAUAUUCACACCUAUUGAACAACGAGGUAAGAGAUGACAACAUCCUGAUAACUCUGGGCGCCUAUCAGGCCAUACACUGCGCGCUGUACGGCCUAAUUAACCAUGGUGAUGAGGUGAUCAUAAUUAAUCCGGCCUACGAUGCCUAUGCCAUGAUUACAAGGGCUGCUGGCGGUGUACCCGUGCAUACGGCACUCAAACGUACCGACACCUAUAGAAAUGAAAAUAAUAAUGAUAUUACCGGCGCUGAUGGUUGGCAACUAGACUUUACUGACCUGGAGGCAAAGUUCAAUCAUAAUACUCGGCUUAUCAUCAUUAAUACACCUCAUAAUCCAUUGGGAAAG